AUGGUACAAGAGCAUCAUCGUCAACAUCAUCAUAACCAGCCAUCAUCAGUCGUUACUGAUUACAAUGAAAGUACGGAACAAACCAAGCUGGGACGAUCAUCCACCUUGACUACUAAAAUCAAACAUGUAGCAGGCAAUACCAUUCGCCGUUCUCUCUCACUAUCUAAUGACCCAUCGACAAAACAUGAAUCACCCAUCAAACCAAGAGGAAAACGUCAUUUUUCACGUCGACCGUUUGGCAAUAUGAAUGAACCAUGGGAAAUUUACUUCGAUCCUAAUUACACAUUUUUUGGUGGUACCAUCUUGGAUCGACGUAAAAAACAGCAAUACGAUAUGAUUCAAUUCAUGGCUUUGAAAAAUCAGCAUCUUCAUUUACAUCCACCUUCCAGUUGCACAACAUUGUCUACCACAGAAUCAUCCUCGUCCUCCUCUUGUCAUGACUCUGCCUCUUCAACUACGUUGAUGGAACAGCAACGUCAUCCAACAUUACCUCAUACCAUCAUGAACGCAGUUCAUUCUCAUUUUUUACAAACAUCAGGUAGUCAACUAAGGGAAAACGAUGAUGAUGAUGAUGAUGAUGAUGAUGAUGAUGAUGAUGAAUAUGACGAAGAGGUUGUAGAUGAAGAAGAAGAUGAGGAUGAUGAAGAAGAAGAUGAUGAUGAUGAUGAAGAAGAUGAUGAUGAUGAUGAAGAAGAUGAUGAUGAUGAAGAAGAAGAUGAUGAUGAUGAAGAUGAUGUUGAUGAUGAUGAAGAAGAAGAUGAUGAUGAUGAUGAACAAGAUGAUGAACAAGAUGAUGAACAAGAUGAUGAACAAGAUGAAGGUGAAGAUGGCGAUAAAGAUGAAGACGAAGAUGACGAUGAUGAUGAUGAUGGUGACAGCUUAUAUGAUAUUGUAGAUGAUGAUGCCAAAGAUGAUUUCGAAAAUGAUGAUGUCGAAGGUGAAGGUAACAAAGAUGAAGGUGAUGCUGCCAUCGAUGGUUCUAAAACAGAAAAAGAGACUUUCGACAUCAUUUCUCCUACAUCCACCACUGCCUCCAGUGUGUUUUACCCUGCAUUAUCUUCGCCUGUCAACGAGCAAGAUCACCAAGCGCGUUUAGAAUUACUACAAUUGAUUCGGGCGGAAGCGGCAACAACCUAUGGUCACGUCUUUUCUCCUUCAUUGGCAUCAUCUCAUCAGAAUAAUGCCAUGAUGCAUCCCAAUGUUGACUCCAAUCAUCCUGCUAUUGCCAGCAACAAUGAUCACCACAUUAAUAAUACAAUUAAUUUGAAAAAUACAAAACACCAUCAUCGGCGUCGUUCACGACAUCCUUUUCGACUCUCCAGCAACAAUCCAACAUCGACUCGAUUUCAAUGGAUGGAAAGAAAAAAAGAAUCUUUAAAACAAAAAUGUCAGAUCUCCACAUCGACCUUGGAUCUACACCGAUUUCCUCCUGAUGACAACGAUGAUGAUGACCAUAGUGAUGAUGAGGAGAAACAAUUAGAAGGUCAUCAUCAAACAAGGCUACCACCAUCCUCCUCCUCCUUAUCAUUACCGCUACCUAGGAAAUAUGAUGAAUCAAAAACGGACAUUGGUAUGACGAAACGAUCACAAAAAUGUAGAUUAUCAUUUCUUUACUUUUGCUUUGGAUUCUUAUUCCCCCCGAUCUGGAUCAUCGGUGCACUUUAUACACCUCCUGAAAAAAGGUAUCAAUCCACCAAAGGAAGACGGAUUGAUCUGAUGUGGAAAAAGGCUUGUCGUUUGGCACUCGGUUGUUUUUUAAUGGCUCUUUUGGUGAUCAUGAUUGUUAUCUUAACAUUGAAUCCUGGUGCCCUGGGUUGGCGAACCAGUGGUACGGAUGAAAGGUCAGCUCAAAAAUUUGUUCCUGUCAUGCCACCUUAUGAAGAACCUUCCUCCGCUCUCCCUUCCUCUUUGCCUUCUUUUCUUCCUCAUCAACAGCAACAACGCCAUCAUCGUCAUCAACGCCCGUCUCAUCUCGUGCCUUCUGCCAGUGGUCAACCUACUCUUUCUGUCUCUUAGUUCCUUUAUUAUCAUUGUUAUUAUUAUUGUUAUUAUUAUUAUUAUUAUUAU